AUGAGUGCUUCAAAGUGGUUUGACGAUUGGAACCCAGAGGUUCUUUAUAAAGACGACGUCACUGGUUGUGACGAUUGUGCCAAGACGUCCCCGAUUUUAGAGUCUGGUGUUAUUUGUGGGCCUAUAUUGAGACUCAUCAACAUGGAUUUUGAGCAAAAGCUCUAUGAGGGGUCUAUUAUGAUGGUAGUUAGAGGUGAGGAGACAAUUCCAAAAAUUACGUACCAACUGGGGCCCUCAUUGCCCUCUGAGAGCGAAAUCAUUGAAAUUGAAGAGGCGUCCUUCGAAAGCAAACUUUUCCAUAAAGACAAGUUAAAGGGUGACGAUAUAUGGUUUCACAGAUACGAGAUUAGGUUGCCCAUGCGUGAUUGCGAACAAAUUGUCAAAUAUUCCAUUGACGGUAAAAUGGAACCUCAUUAUAGGUUCUUCAUGCCGUCUUUGACACAAAACUCGAAUGUUAUUUCAUACUCAUGUAAUGGAUUUUCUUUGAGCGUAGACACAUCCAAAUUCAAAGGCUCCUUGUGGUAUGAUGUCCUUAAGAAGCAUCAAUACGUUCAUUAUCAUGCCAUUCUUGGUGGUGGUGACCAAAUUUACUCCGAUAAUAUCAAAUUGCAUGCGCCUAAUUUUAAAGCUUGGUUGGAUACUAAGGAUCCUAUCAAGAAGUACAAUACUCAGACAACUGACGAGACCAACGAGCAGAUUAGACAGUUUUACUUGGAACACUAUUUAAACUGGUAUGGUUAUGGUCACUGGUACGGUUCUACCCCAAAAUCCAAGACCACUCAAAAAUGCUUUGUCAAGGCAUUAGCUUGUAUCCCAGCCAUUAAUGUCUGGGAUGAUCAUGAUAUCAUUGAUGGGUACGGUUCCUACAACGAUGCCUUCAUGAAAACUGAAAAUUUCCUGGCUGUGGGAAGAAUGGCUUAUAGAUACUAUAUGCUCUUUCAACAUCACGUUAGCGCUUCUAAGCAGGAUGGCGAUGACUCUGCUUAUCUACAAGGCAAACAAUGGAUAUUAGGUAACGAAAAGGGGAGCCCCUACAUUGGUGAAAGAUCUCACUCAAUAUUCUCUUGGUUGGGACCGAACAUGGCAAUGUUGGGUUUGGACUGUAGAACAGAGAGAAAACUGCGUCAGGUAUUUUCAGAAAGAAGUUAUUCCCUGAUUUGGGAGCGUCUAGAAAAGGAGUUAAACACUUUGAAAGGUGGCCAUUUGCUGGUGAUGUUGGGUAUCCCCAUUGCGUAUCCUAGAUUAGUUUGGUUAGAGUGGCUUUUCACCUCAAAGUUAUUAGCUCCAAUCAAAUAUCUGUCCAAGAAGGGCAUACUUGCCAAUGGGCUUGUUAACGAGUUUAACGGAGAUGUCGAACUCUUAGACGAUUUGAAUGACCAUUGGUGUGCAAGACAUCACAAGAAGGAAAGAAAUUAUCUUGUAAUGAAAUUGCAAGAUAUAGGGGCCAAAUAUGGCGUCAGAAUCACGAUUUUAUCAGGUGAUGUGCAUUUGGCAUCCAUAGGGAGAUUUAGGGCAAAAACACAUAGACACCACCUUAUUAUGUCUGAAAAAAAGGAAAAGGAAAACACCAAAAUUAUCGAAGAGCCCACCAAGGAUGAGAGGCUGAUGUUCAACAUCAUUGCCAGUGCUAUUGUAAACACUCCACCACCGGAUGCAAUGGCUACCUUAUUGCAAAAAAGAUGUUGUUUACACCAUUUCGAUGCGGAGACAGAUGAAGAUGCGGUACCAAUUUUUACUAAAGAAGUGGAUGGAACACGAAAAAGGUCAGAUUCGUGUUUCAUGAACAAAAGGAACUGGUCAGAUAUCAUACCUGUAAAGAAUGUGUUAAACAAUCCUCAAUUGAGUAAAGAACUUGGCAUAAAAAUUGGAGAUAUAGUCAUUCCAGGUGUUAUCACGGAACAACACAAGUUGGAGACUUUAAGAAGCGACGAUCAGUUCAACUCUUAUCCAGUGACAUCUGACAGCUUGUUUACCACUAUUCAUGUAGAAAAAGAUCCAAGCCAGGAGAAUUCACAAACUGUAAGCUAUGGUUUGCCCAUCCCGGAAUUGGAAAUCACUCGCGAAAAUUUACCUCAUGCAGGUAUUAAACAUCUGAAUGUUAUAUAA